AUGUCUUUUGGGAACAGCUCCGACUCGGACUCGGACUCCAGUUCCUCAUCCGCGGGGCGCAACAUCACCCACUCGCACCAUCGAAAAUAUAUAGCCAGCAUGCCCGUAACCGUCAGUAAACCCCGAAAGACGAAGCAACAACCUCCUCAGGAAAUCAUCGACGAGUUCUGGGCGAAGUUCACUACUAAAACCCCAGGCAAAGCUACCACUGUCGUUCCUCAGAAUGCAUACGCAGAGAGGGUUGCGAAGCGAUCUGCCACUGCCACAGGCAUCGGCACUCAAGUUUCGUACGACGAGGCCGCAACUGUCUGCAGAGCUAAAGUCGAGAAAAUUGUACAAGAGUGUCGGAGGGUAAACCAGCGAUACAGAGACCCUCAUUACGAUAUCGAGUUCGACCUGAAGUUUGGACGGCGAGAUUGCCUCGAAUCGCUCUGUAACACCAGGGGUGAAGAGCCGCCACAGUCCACGUUCCACCCCAAGGCCGUCAAGCGAGUUGUCGAUAUCUUCGACAGCCCGCAGUUCUACAUUGACGGGCCUACGGCUAAUGAUGUACGCCAAGGCAGGGAUGGAGACUGCUGGCUGAUGGCUGCGCUGUGCAACCUGAGCAACAAACCCGGACUGAUCGAGAGAGUUUGCGUUGCCCACGACCAAGAUGUCGGCGUGUACGGGUUCGUCUUUCACCGCGACGGAGAAUGGUACAGCGAGAUCAUUGAUGAUAAGCUAUACCUCACAAAACCUGACUACGAUGAAGGCUAUCUCGAACGCAUUCUGUGGGAAGACCGGGAGCGUGUCAACUCCGAGGAAGCCUACAGACGCAUCUACCAGACAAACAGCGGUGCACUGUAUUUUGCCCAAUGCGAGAAUCCAAACGAAACGUGGUUGCCUCUCCUCGAGAAGGCUUAUGCAAAGGCGCAUGGCGACUAUGCGUCUAUCGAGGGUGGGUUUACCGGCGAGGCCAUCGAGGACCUUACGGGAGGCGUCACAUCCGAGAUAUACACGACCGACAUCCUUGACAGGGAGUAUUUUUGGAAUGAGAAGCUCCUCAAAGUCAAUCAAGACUGGCUUCUUGGCUGCUCCACAGGAUUUGCAUCGAGAGGCUGGGGCGAACGAAAGGGCAUCAUAGAAAUGCAUGCCUAUAGUGUCAUGAAAGCAGUCGAGAUGGAUGGCCACAGACUGGUCCUGCUGAAGAAUCCUUGGGGCAAGGGGGAAUGGAAAGGUGCCUGGAGUGACGGCUCUAAGGAAUGGACCUCGGAGUGGUUGCAAAAACUCCAACAUACGUUUGGCGACGACGGAGCUUUCUGGAUCUCCUACGAUGACCUUCUCAAGAAGUACAACAUCUUCGAUGCGACUCGGCUCUUUGGCCCUGACUGGGAGGUCACGGCCAUCUGGACAACUCUCUCCGUGCCAUGGACACUGGAUUACCACGAUACAUACUUUGCCUUCACAAUCUCGAAGCCAGGACCUGUGGUUCUUGUUCUGGCACAACUGGAUGAGCGCUACUUUCGGGGGCUCCAAGGACAGUACAGGUUCGAUUUGCAACUACGUCUACACAAAGCCGGCCAGGAGGACUAUGUCGUACGGAGUCAAGCAUCUUACCGCAUGAACCGGUCUGUCAAUGUUGAGCUUGACCUCGAAGCUGGUAGCUACGAGGUCCUCGUCAAGUUGGAUGCGGUGCGAAAUGACCAGUUCCUUCCCAUCGAACAGGUCAUCCGGAAUAAUGCCAAGGGCCGCCGCGAGAAGCUGAUCCGAAUGGGUUUGGCAUACGACCUUGCUCACAGCAAAGGAAAGGUUUCCGAGUCACCUAAUGAGAAGGCAGCUAGAGAAACCCACGAGAAGAAGCAGCGGGAAAAGAAACGGGCUGAAAUCAAACGCAAGAUCCUCGAGAAACGAGAGCAAGACCAUUACCUCAAAACCAAAGCCGUCAAGAAGAGGCAGAAAGAGGAUGCAAAACGCAAGGCACGGCAAAGGGCUAGAAUGGAGAAGCUCAAGGCCUCCAAAGGACCUUGCCCUUUGCCACCGAAGCAACCAGACAUUCAUGCCGCCACCUUGAGGGUCUCAGAGCUCUCAAAACCAACGUCUGGAAAGCGUACUCGGAUCCGAGAAGUUGAUUGCGCGGAUCUUGAGUUUGCGACCAGCGUGUUGAGAGUAGAAGAAAAGGCUCAGAGUCACGGCAAGCCUGAUGGUCAUGCAGAGGUAACAGUUGCUAGAGAACCACGUGUCUUGCCUCGAGCCCAAGACGGAGCGAAACCGGCCAAUAGCAAGCAAGCCGGGAUACUCGCUCUUUACUCCGAAGAAAUGUCCACAGAAUUGCCAAAUCCAACUCUCGAUACCCGACAGUCGAAAGUUGAUGCGCGCCAGGUCGCCAGUGUCAAGAGCGAAGACCACGAAGCCACUCCGCAAGCGAGCGAAGCAGCCAUAAGUGAGGCGACAGCCCCUUCAGAAGCCUCCGAGCAUUUACUAUGCGAGUCCGACGACGAUGACUUUGCAAGUGUUUCCAGCUUGUCGGAGCUCUCGGAGCGUGAACUGGAACUCCAUAUCGAUGCAGUGGAGGCACAAGAACGCGUUCCUGUCGGUCGUAUGCCGCCGCAGCCAGCCGCAGCAGCAUCUGUAGACGACCAGGACGAGUUCGAAAGGGACCCUUGGAACGCCGUGGCUGUCGUAGGUCUUCGAAUAUACUACAAAACAUCGGAGGACUACCAAGAUGAAAUCAUCGUCAAGCUACGAGUCGUGCGACCAAGCCCUUACGAUGAAGCAGAGGAAGGGCCGCCCGAAGCCUCGGAUCCGGGCGAUAAUAAGUCGAAAGGCUUGGAUGUGGACGACAGCGCCAAAGAUGCUACUCUGGAGGGUGAGAUUCAACAACGAAAGAAGAGCAUCAGGCCUACCAGCGAGGAUCUCGGCGAUGUAUCCUCGUCCAAGGCCUGCGACGAUCUUGUCAGAAGAACAUGA